AUGCUCGGAGGUAUCCGUGAUGUUCUGAUUAUUUCUACUCCGCAACAUACGCCCUUGAUGCAAGAGCUCCUCAAGGAUGGCUCUCAUUUAGGAAUGCACUUCGAGUACUGCGUACAAGAGCAUCCCAACGGACUCGCCGAGGCCUUUAUCUUAGGCAAGAACUUCGUCGGUCUUGACAAUGUCACCCUCAUCCUUGGAGACAACCUUAUCUGGGGACACGAUCUGAGUACCUUAUUCAAGGAGUCCAUCCAGAGAGUCGAGCGUGAGGACAACGCCGUUGUCUUUGCUUAUCAGGUUUCUCAUCCAGAAAACUAUGGCGUCAUUGAAUUUGACGAAAACUCUCGUGCAUGCAGUCUCGAGGAAAAACCUCCACAUCCUCGAUCAAGCUAUGCUGUGCCUGGAAUUUAUGUCUAUCCUUCAGACGUAGUUGAGAAGGCGGCCAAUCUGCUGCCUUCGGCACGAGGCGAGCUUGAGAUUACAGAUCUCAACCGACUCUAUCUCGAAGAAGGCAAGCUCCACGUAAGCCGCCUAGAACGUGGUUUCGCCUGGUUCGACAUGGGGACACAUGAUGACCUCCUUGAAGCAUCGAAUUUUAUCGCCAGCUUAGAGCGCCGCACCCAACAGAAAAUUGCCUGUCCUGAAGAAAUCGCUUUUCAAAACGGCUGGAUCAGUCGUCAACAACUCGAAGACUAUACGUCCACCUUCGGGGGAUCUGCUUAUGCAAAAUAUCUCCAUAAAGUACUCAAAAGACACACACCGUAA